AUGGAGCGGAGUUUCAAGAAGGUUAUUGUCGUUGGCGCCGGCCCAUCCGGAUUGCUCCUCUGCCUCCUCCUGGCAAAACAUGGCAUCCCGGUGCUCCUCCUCGAGGCGUCGGAUGACCUCGAUGACCGACCCCGCGCAGCCAUCUACGGGCCUCCAGCAAUCCCGGAUCUGAAGCGCGCCGGCAUUCUCGACGAGGUGCGCCGCCAGGGCAUGACGGCCGGUACCAUGGCAUGGUGGCGCAUGGAGGACCACAGCCGCCUGGCGCGGCUCGACGGCAGCGUGCUCGACGACGUUGACGGCGAGGAUCUGCGCACCACGUGCCUAGUGCUGGAUCAGCUGGACCGCCUGAUGCUCAAUGAGUUCCUGACCAAGUACCGCGGCGAGAUUAAAUGGAACCACAAGGUUGUCGAGGUGCAGCAGGAUGACGGGGCAGUCUGGGUCGAGGCCGAGACGCCUGAUGGCCGGACCCGGAUCACUGGAGACUACGUUGUCGGCUGUGAUGGAGCAACGAGUCAAGUGCGCAAGUCUCUCUUUGAUGACUUUCCUGGAUUCACCUGGGACAAGCAGAUUGUGGCAACCAACAUUUAUUACGACUUUGAGAGCAAAUUCGAAGCAGCCGAUUCCAAUUUCUUGAUUCAUGAGAAUCAUUUCGUGAUGAUUGCAAAAAUCACAACCGACGGACUCUAUCGGGUCACUUAUGGCGAGUUGCCAGGACUUUCAUGGGAGGAAAUCAAAGAGCGCCAACCUGAGAUAUUUGAAAAGAUCCUACCAGGCCACCCCAAAUCCAAUGAAUACAAGCUUGUGAGCAUGGCACCUUACAAGAUGCACCAGCGAUGUGCCCCUUCAUUUCGCGUAGGAAGAAUCCUUCUUGCAGCGGACGCCGCGCAUCUGUGUAACCCAUGGGGAGGACAAGGCAUCACUGGCGGAUUCGUUGAUGUCGGAGGGCUGUACGAAUGCCUCGCCGGCAUCUGGGACGGCAAAGCAGACGACAAGAUCCUGGAUCUCUACAGCGAAAAGAGGAUUGAAAAGUGGAAAGACAUUAUAGACACUGUUUCGCAAGACAACUUCAGGCGCGUGUCGGACUCUGCAUCGAGCACCAUACUGGAAAGAGACCCUCUGCUGAUCGAGUGCAGAAAGGCAGAGAACGACAAGGAGAAACAGAAGGAGAUGAUGUUGCAGUCUAUGCAAUUAAGGUACGAUUUUACGCAGCAUUACACCAAAGGUUGA